AUGAGUUUUAGUUGCAAGUCAUGCAACUCUCCCGUUAAUGGGAUUGAGAAAAUUGCAUGUCGCGGCCAUUGCGGAUCGAUUUUCCACCGCACCUGUAUUCCCGGUAUGCAGCGAUCCGCACUAGACCUGUUGUCUAGUUUCAACAACAAUCUGUACUGGCUCUGCGACGAUUGUGUUCGCUGUUUUAACGAGUGGGUGCAGCAAUCCGUUUCCGCUGCUCCCAUUGUGGACACAAAAAAAUUAUGUGAGGCUGUAGAUAAUUUGAACACGGUCGUCUCAAAUCUCUCGAGCCGUAUUGAAAACCAUUUUCCGGCCAAUUAUGGUUCUGUAACUCAAAGGGGGCUGUUUGUCAAGCGACUUCCGGAGGAUCCGCCCACUCCGAAACGACGUCGCGAGAAUAAUGCUAAAAUUCACGCCACUGCUGCCGCGGUUUGCGGUACCAGAGCCAUUCAGCGGGAAAUCAGAACAGUUGCGGAUGAGCGGGAGCAAUUUUGGGUCUAUUUGAGCCGUCCUGACCCGAGCCAUACAGUGGAGGAAAUCGUCGCCAUGACCCAAGAAUGCCUUGGAAUAAGCGAUGCACCCAAAGCAGUUUUGUUGGUCAAGAAGGACACCGACCUCACGAAACUCAACUUCGUUUCUUUCCGAGUUGAGCUUCCGAGCGAACUAAAGGACACUGCACUCAAAGCGUCCACUUGGCCGACUGGAGUACUCGUUCGGGAAUUUAAUUUUGACCAGCCAAAGCAGGAUAGAUUUCGCUAA